CCCAUGUCUGAAUUGUAACAACCCUCAGAGGAGCAUUUCUUGUCCGACGGCUCAGAGAAUAACAAGAUUGAAACUAUGGAAGACCUUUAUGUGGCAAAUGCAAUCUUUGCCCUGAAUUUCUUCAAGCAGCUGGCCAGUGUGAAUCCCACCCAGAACCUCUUCUUCUCUCCCUGGAGCAUUUCAUCUACCAUGGCCAUGGUCUACAUGGGCGCCAGGGGCAACACGGAAGACCAGAUGGCCAAGGUGUUUCAGUUUGACAAAGUUGGAGUCCAGGAAGUCACCCCAGUGACCCCAGAGAACUUCACCAGUUGUGAAUUCACACAGCAAAUCCAGAAGGGCACGUAUCCUGAUGCUAUUUUGCAGGCACAAGCUAGAGAUAAAGUCCAUUCAUCCUUCCGCUCUCUCAGCUCUGCAAUCAAUGCACCCACAGGGGAUUAUUUAUUGGAAAGUGCCAAUAUGCUCUUUGGAGAGAAGUCUGCAAGAUUCAAAGAAGAAUUUAUGCAACUCUCUAAGAAAUACUACUCUACAGAACCCCAGGCCGUUGACUUCCUAGAAUGUGCAGAAGAAGGUAGAAAAAAGAUUAACUCCUGGGUCAAGACUCAAACCAAAGGCAAAAUCGAAAACCUGUUACCUGAAGGCUCUGUAGAUGCAGAGACAAGGAUGGUCCUGGUGAAUACUGUCUACUUCAAAGGAAAGUGGAAAACCCCAUUCGAGAAGAAACUAAAAGGCCUUUAUCCCUUCCGUGUGAACUCGACUCAGCGCAUACCUGUACAGAUGAUGCUUUUGCAUGAAAAGCUGAACAUUGGAUACAUACAAGACCUAAAGGCACAGAUUCUAGAACUGCCAUAUUUUGGAGAUAUGAGCAUGUUCCUGUUGCUUCCAGAUGAAAUUGCCAAUGUGUCCACAGGCUUGGAGUUGCUGGAAAAUGAAAUAACCUAUGAGAAACUCAGCAAGUGGACCAGCAAGGACACGAUGGUGGAAGACAAUGUUGAGGUGUAUAUCCCCAAGUUCAAACUGUCAGAGUAUUAUGAACUCAAACCCAUUCUGAGGAGCAUGGGCGUGGAUGACGCCUUCAACAAGGGCCGGGCCAAUUUCUUAGGCAUGUCAGAGAGAAACGACCUGUUUCUUUCUGAAGUGUUCCACCAGGCCACGGUGGACGUUAAUGAGGAGGGCACCGAGGCAGCUGCUGGCACCGGGGGCAUCAUGACAGGGAGAACUGGUCACGGGGGCCCGCAGUUUGUGGCUGAUCACCCUUUCCUAUUCUUUAUCAUGCACAAAACAACCAAAAGCAUUUUGUUUUUUGGCAGAUUUUGCUUACCCCCAAACUGAAAAGCUCUGUUUGUAUACAUGAUUUUGUAGCAUGAGCUACAAGCCUCAGAAUUGCUAUGUCAAGUGCCAAAAGCUUAGAGACUUUUUCUACAUAUUUCUGUCCCUCUGAACAGCUUCUGCCACACAGAAAGGACUAGACAAUCGUCAAUCAUAACAUGACAACCUUAUUAAUCAUUUGUUCUCCUAAAAUGGGGUGAUGCCUGUUUAGUUUUUCCUUAGUUUAUUUUAUAGCAUUAAUCUUUUAUUUAUUAUUUUAUAUAAUGAUAGAUUUUUUUAUUAUUGCUCAGCCUAUUUAAUGUAACUGAUAAAGUUACAGAAGCAGGUGAUCAGUUUAUUUUCUGUAUAAAGAAAUGUAUUUAUGGAUUCUUACAAUGAAGCAUGAGUCGGGGCCCCUCCACGCCCUUCUAUAAUAAAUACCUGCAAGAAAGCGUUGAACAUUGGGCAGACACAGUUAUGCGAGUUUCUAGUGCUAUGUAUCAUCUAUGUGUACCUGUAAAUUAUAUAAAAAGGCAAAUAUAUAACAAAUAAAUAUAUUUGCACACAGCAACAUGUUUGUUGUCAUUGCAUUAGGUCUGCAGAUCAUAAGAUCUGUUAUACCCUGAUGCCCCAGAGUUCAGCAUCAUGGCUUACUUGCUGGAAGCUAGAAACAGCAGGCAGGAUGAAGGACCCAAGGGCAUAACUACACUCUCGCAAGAAGAUCCAGGGUUCAGAGUGAAUGGAAUGGGGUUGUGGAAAACAUUCAUUAGAGCUCUCUCUAUGCCUUCUCACGGCAGCAAGAGGCAUAGCAAUUCAGAAGGGUUGAGGUCAGAGUGAGGAAACCAGUGUCUAAACUUCAAAGAUGCCAGAAAGAACCAUCGAGUUCAGUGGUCCAGACACAGAAUAAGGUUUCAGGCCUUGAGCAUAGAGGAGAGAUGGGCAGGGGGCAAGAGCAGGAAGGGAAUCAGAAGGAAGCUCAUUUUAAGGAGUCAGAAGGCAACUCAUUUAAGGAAUCAGAAGGCAACUCAUUUAAGGAAUCAGAAGGCAGCUCAUUUAAGGAAUCAGAAGGCAGCUCAUUUAAGGAAUCAGAAGGCAGCUCAUUUUCUUUCAAAUAGCACUGGAUACUUCUGAGUGGGUCAGAGGCAGAGCAGAACAGUAUUUAAGAACUGAAAACUAAGGUAAAUCAAAUAUUUGGGGGCGGAGUAUGGUGGGUUUCUGGAAAGGUACCACACUCUGGAACACAGUCAGAAGGAAACCUGACUGACCAGAGCAUGAUGGCAAAGAAAUCUUAGGAGCUGACUAUCUGCCUCCAGAUCCCGGUUCUGACACUUACAGGUGGUCUAACCAUAGGCCAAGUAUGAUGCUUCUUUUGCUUCAAUUUUCUUUCAGUGUAAACUAGAGAAAAUAUUUCUCUUGUCAUAAGGUUACUAUCAUGAUUAAAUGAGUUUGUACGUAUGGAGCAAUUAAAAGAAUAUUUAGCAUAUAUGGUGUUUAAUAAAUACUAGUAAUUAUGUCCUUAUAUUUGUCAGUAAUAAAACUGUUUCACUGUCAGCUGAUCCAUAUUUCACUCUUAUUGAGUAGAGUGGGGUAUAGAAUUCCAGGUUCACAGAACUCUUCAGUACUUUAGGCAUAGAAUUCUAUUAUCUUUUGACACUCAAAGUUGCUGAUGGGAAACUUGAAAUCAAGAUAAUUAUUUUUCCUAAUAAUUUUUAAUAAUUAAAAAACUAUCAACCUUUCUUUUUUUCUUGAUUAUGUUUUUUCACAUUUUAUUGCCUUAAGUGUAUUUUUGUGUUUUUAAAAAAUAUACCCUGUUCAUUAGCAAUUUUUUCCACCUGGAGACUUAUAUUUUGCUUCAGUUCUUGGAAACUUUCAGUCAUUGCUAUGGCCUUAAUGUUUGACUCUCCUCAAAAUUCAUAUACUAAAACGCCAAUCUCCAAUGUGAUGGGACUUAGAGAUGGGGUCUUAGGGAAGUAAUUAGAGUUAUGUGAGGUCAUGAGGGUAAAACCCCUGUGAUGGGAUUAGUGCCCUUAUGAGGAGCUGAAGACGCCAGGUCUUUUUAUUUCUGCCAUGUGAAAAAGGCAGC